CAGAUUUCACACUCGUGGCUUUCUAUCGGCUGGGGCCUAAACCGAACGGAAUUUCGUCGAAAGUGUUUUAUGCAACCGUCUCUUCGCUCGUUCUGGGGCUUCGUUUUCUGGAAUUAGGCCAUGGUUUCCGUCUGCGGAGACCUGCUGACUUGACUUUACUUUCCAUUCAACGACAUCGUCUACAAGCCUCCCUGUAAUACAACAAUGGUGAAGAUGUUACCCUCUGACCUGUCGUGAGGAGCACCUGGAAGAAAUAUGGCUUUGACCGUCGUACCCUCGGCUCGCGUUUUCAACGGAAACGUGGGGACGCAGGGGUACGUUUCCAGUUCGACAGGUUCGAUAUGCCUUUGCUGCCCUUACGGCUACCACAUCGACCUGGACUUUGUGCGAUACUGCGAGGCUGUUGCAGCAGGAAGUGCCGGCGACAGGUCUAGCAUCGAGAGACGGAAGAAGAGAGAACGUCGAAGGCAAUGUCAGUCGAUGGAGGUUCUACUGGGUCUGGUGAGUCCAGCACUGGUGGGAAUAGAGGCAGAACUGCCGAAAAUACCGCAAGAAACGUCGUCGGCGACGAACGGUGCGACGACGUUACCGAGGUCGUCGAGCCACGAGAGACAAGGAUACAGCCAAGAAUCACCGGUGCUCGACCUCAGCGACGUGGUGGGCGACUUCGAGGCGACCCUGAAACGAUCCACCAGGUCGACCAAGACCUUCGAUAAGCCCGACCAGACGGAUAACGAUGGAACGAAUACUGCGACUCCGGUGCAGAACAACGCGCAACCGGAACACGGGGCGGAUUUUGACAACGCCAGCGUUGGUAGCGGAAACUCGAAUCUCAGCACGGGCGCGCUACAGAACAUCAGAGAGCAAAUGGCAGCCUCGUUGGAACGGAUGAAGGAGCUUGAGGAACAGGUCAAGGCGAUUCCCAUGUUACAGGUGCAAGUAUCGGUGCUGAAAGAGGAGAAGCGGAAUCUGCUGCGACGGGUCGACGAGUUGAAUUCGUGCAACGAAACGUUGCACAGGCACCGGAGCCAGUCGUUCUCGGAACAGCGAGCAUCGAUGCGAAAUCUGAAGAACGCGGCUGCACCGACCAGAGACGCUGGGACGAUGUGUGGCGUAAUGACGCGGGACGUCGGUGUUUCGCACCAGCAGGUUCGAACCCGAGAUAUCGGAAUGGUAACCAGCACGCCGAUAAAACAAUCCCUACAGAGGAGUCGAUUGCAGAUCGAAGAAAUCGUACCUGAAAUAAAAGACCGUAGCACGUUCGACAGUACCUCGUCGAGCUUCGACCGGCUCUAUUCCCGCGACAGUUGGAGGUCCGCUUUAACCCGUAGCCAACUGAUGUACGAGGAAAUAGCGCCGGAAACGAAGGCGAGAAAUCGUUUGAUAAGAAGCCCACUUCAAGUGGAAUCGAUUCCGCCGAUCAGCCCUAAAUUGGUCAGGGACGCGAGGAAAUAUCGGGAUAUCGGUGUAAAUACCAGGAACAAGUUAAAGGACCUGGUACAUAGCCGGUUCGUUAUAGAGGACAUAUCGCCAGAGGUGAAGAAAGAAGUUAGGAAAAGAUCCAUCGGUACCGCGACCAGUUUGAACAUGAAAGACGUACUGACGAACGAGGACGUUGCGGUGAUCGUGGACGAUGCACUGAGGAUUUAUAAGAGCAGCCUGUUUAAGGACACCGCUUCCAGGGGAAGCCAGUGUACCCUCGAUCAGGUAAAAAUGAUCGAGAAGAGAGAUCAGUUUACUCAGGUCGCGGAACCGUUCCGAAUGAGGACGAACGUGGGUGUGAUGGUGAAACCGAGGGUGUCUGAAAUUGGAAUCGAGGUUAGAACCGGUCCGGGUACGAGAAGCGUCGCCGUCGGUCCUGAUCCAUUGGCUACUCAAUCUCUGUCGCUUCAUUCGUUGAACUCGAGGAGUCAUUCGUUUAAUUACGGUGACAGUAAUGUUAAAAGGAAAAGUACCAAGUCCGUCGGCGUGAUGGUCGACGAUUUAAUAAGGACCACGGUGAAGAGCACCGACACUUCCGGUCUGGCGCCUAAGAAACGGGAGUUCGGUACGUCGCCGAUAAAAAAGAAAUUCACCGACGUCUCGGUCGGCGAGUCGGUAAAACCGCACAUUUCCAUCUCCUGCGCGGCCAACUAUUGCGAUAACUGUAAGGAGACGAUCAAAAACCUGGCGAAGCAAAUCGUUAAUAACGCGGAGAACAAUAUGAACCAUCAGAACACGCAGAAUCUUGUAUCGAGGAUACCCAGGCCGUCGCAUAUUCCGUUGAACAACUCCGCUGAUCAGAGGAGACAGUUUAAGCGACAGGACACUUAUACCAAGAUACCGGCUGCGGGUGUGAUAAGAUACGAUGUUGAUAACAAGGAGCACUAUGACAAUCGUAUCCAACAACUGCAAGGGGAGAAAGGUAAAGAUGAGAAAUCAGAGGACAUAUACACUGGUGAGAAGCAGGCAGACAACGAAGAGAAGCACGAGCUUCCAGAAUCUGCUCUGUUUCAACCGAUACAAGAGAAACCUAGGAAGAAGGUUGAACCUUCAAAGGAGAUGCAAGCCGCCAUGAAAGUUCUUAAUGACAGUCUUAAAAAAUCACCCAGCAAAAAUAUCUCCCAUCAAAUGAAAAAUGCUAUCAACAUCAUUCAGCAGGAAUGGUUCAAAAUCUCUAGCACUGUGAAUGCUAAUCCUUUAGAGGUCGAAGACUAUCUGGAUUGCUUCGAAGAAUGCUCCAGCUGUUUAUUAGAGUACAUUGUUAACAUGACUGAUUCCAGUGGAAACACUGCAAUGCAUUACGCAGUAUCGCACGGAAAUUUCGACGUUGUGUCUAUACUGUUGGAUUCGAAAGUCUGCGAUAUUAACAAAGCAAAUGUGGCUGGAUACACGGCUGUGAUGUUGGCAGCUCUGGCUGAAGUUAGGAAUUCUACCCAUGCUUCAGUAGCCAACAGGUUGUUCCAACUUGCUGAUGUUAAUAUCAGAGCAAAAUUGCAUGGUCAGACUGCUUUAAUGCUAGCAGUGUCUCAUGGCCGCAAAGAUAUGACUCAGUUACUCUUGGAUGCUGGAGCAGCGGUUAAUAUUCAAGACGAAGACGGCAGUACAGCCUUAAUGUGCGCUGCAGAACACGGACACACUGAUAUCGUGCGAUUGUUACUCGCGCAUCCAGACUGUGAUCCAUCUAUCGUUGACAUAGAUGGUAGUUCCGCUCUAAAAAUCGCGUUAGAAGCGGGCAAUCGGGACAUAGGUGUGUUGCUAUACGCUCACGAGCGUGUAAACAGAGGUACAAGUCCUUAUUCGUCGAUGAGACGAAGCAGUAGAAGAGGAUCCAAGCCGACAACACCUACAGGUCCUUCUCCAUCAGCGCCAGUCAGCCCUGCUCCAUCACGAAGAGUUCAUUCGUCAACCACGUCCCUGAACACAUCAAAAUAUUCUUCUAAAUAAUUUACAAGACUUAUUGAUAUUUAACGUAUUAGUUUGAAUGAUCAUAUGAAUAAGCAAUAAUACAAUCGGCGUUUCGUGUUUCCUAUAUUUAUUGCAAACGUGUUUUUAGUAUUUAUCGUCGAUUUCUGGUGACAAACGAUCAUGUUCUUGCCUAAUAAUCCAUUAGCCCUGAUACAAGCGUUUAAUUUAAGACAUAUAUAUUUUACCUGCUCAACUUUGUAUACAAUUAUUCGAGAGGAAGUUUGGAAUAUAUUGUUUUGUAAAGUUAGUUUAUAGAAAAGGAUCCGUGGAAAACACCAUUGCCACGCGAGAUUAGCUUAUAGGAGAGAUAUGUAUAAACGGGUGAAACUUUUUUCUAGGUGCUGACCGAGUAAAAAGCGAGGUCAUAUUUUCAUUGUUAACAAAUUUUUAUACAUUGUCACGAGUAACGGGCACCCUCAAAAUUUGAUUCUUAAAUUUUAAACACUGUGAAAGUACAAAAGCAUUUUAUUAUUCGGUCACGGUGAAAGAAUCAAAUAACGUCUUCCAACGAUCCUGUGGCAUUAAACAUUCCAAAAUGAAACAUUGACGUACAAUCCGAAUUUCUUACCGGUGAAAUCUUUUUCCUCACACCUAUCUCUAAUGUAUUCGAAUUUCAGGCCUAAUUUCCAUUAAAUCUGGGGGAUCAAACUGCAGUAGAAUAAUUGUGUACUGAUACGGAAACGGAAAUACAUAAGACAUCCAUGCGUAUAAUGAUUACACGGUGCACAAAGAAAACGUGAGAUAUUAUAAUUCUCAUGGUCAAUGUUGAAUUUAUAUACGAGAAAUAUUCGUAGAACCUAUUGAUCGUCGUUCGAUGUUUUAAGUAGAAAUGUUAUAGAUGUGAAAGUAUAAAUAUGAUAUCUGUGAAUGAUGUAAAAUAUUCGAAGGGCACACAAGAGAAAUUUAACUAAGUUUUAAUAGUUGUUGAAAUUUUUUCCAAGGUACAAUAUAUAUUAUAUGUAUGUAUAUGGGGGAAAAAAAGAUACGGAAAAAUAUUUAAUUUCAUUCCUCGUUUACGUGUGUCAUCCUCGCGUUAGGAAUUGGAUAUUUAAGAACGUUGAACGUUUUCUUAUAUAGGGUUGUGAAUAUCUAGAAAUAACGAACGUAUUUAGGUUCAACAUCAAAGAUUUAGGUUAACAUUGUAAUAAGUAUUCCUAUCGUUAAGAAUCUGUAUUAACAUUAAGUGACAAUUAUACGUAUAUCAAAGAUAUAGCACAGAAUCAAGUAAUAGAAUCGUAGGGAUCUAGAAAGUAGAAGACUACUUUUCAUUGUUUGUGCCUUUAUAUUUAACAUGUAAUUGAUAAUAAACUCAACGAGAAAUAAUAUGAAA